AUAAACCUAAUACUAGCUCUCCUAACUAACUUUACACUAGCCACCCUACUUGUUAUCAUCGCAUUCUGACUUCCUCAACUAAAUGCAUACUCAGAAAAAACAAGCCCAUAUGAGUGCGGAUUUGACCCUAUAGGGUCAGCCCGCCUCCCUUUCUCCAUAAAAUUUUUCCUAGUAGCCAUUACAUUUCUCCUAUUUGACCUAGAAAUUGCGCUCCUCCUUCCACUACCAUGAGCCUCACAAACAACCAACUUGAAUACAAUACUCACCAUGGCACUCUUCCUGAUCAUUCUGCUAGCCGUGAGCCUAGCCUAUGAAUGAACUCAAAAAGGACUAGAAUGGACUGAAU